AUGAGUAAGUUCCUAAGGCUACAAAAGUACAAAGGUAACGAUGCAGUUGUCACGGCGGACAACACUGUACAUCCAGUGGAGCAUGUGGGUGACCUGCCCAUUUCGCCCAUGAAAGGAGGAUCCAAAGUCUUGGAGAACGUUUACCACGUUCCGGGAAUGAAGAAAAACUUGGUAUCGGUUCCUCAGAUUACAGCAGCUGGGCACUAUGUGCUUUUCGGUCCAGAGGAUGUCAAAGUAUUGGCGAACGCAGAUGUUCGUGGAGACAUCCUAAUGGAAGGCAGAAAGGUGAAGAAGCAAGAAUGA